CCGCUUGCGCAUGGGCAGGAGGCCCCGGCUCCAACUGCCCCCGGUCGCCACAACCGCCGCCGCCGCCGUUGCCGCCGUUAGCGCUCGUUUGGGGAGCUGUUGCCUGUCUGCCACCACCAUGUCCAGAGGAGACGCGUCCCUGGCCGGAGGCAAAGAGAAAGGCGAGGAGCUGGUCGGGAGCCUGGGCUGGCGGUACCUGGUGAAGCAGGGGGAGGAGGAGGCAGAGGCGCUGAAGAAGGAGGAGGAGGAGGAGGAGGAGGAGUGCUGCUCGGACGACCUGAGCCCCGAGGCCCCGGGCAUGCACCCGGACCUCCUGGAGCUGGCGGUGGACCGAGAGAAGUGCCGCAGCAUCCGCAGGCAGUACCGGCAGCUCAUCUACAACGUGCAGCAGAACCGGGAGGACAUCGUGAACACGGCCAGCGACUCGCUGACCGAGGCCCUGGAGGAAGCCAACGUGCUCUUCGAUGGCGUGAGCCGAACCCGAGAGGCAGCCCUCGACGCCCAGUUCCUGGUUUUGGCCUCGGAUCUGGGUAAAGAAAAAGCAAAGCAGUUGAAUUCUGAUAUGAGCUUUUUUAACCACGUCGCGUUCUGUGACUUGCUGCUGGUGUUUGUGGGCCUGAGUUGGGUGGAAGACCAGUGUGAAGAGCUCAGCGACUGCGAUGACAGCAUGGCGCUCUCCUUCUGGGGGAUGGUGCAGAAGGAAGCCACGACCUGGAUGCUGCGAGCUGAGACGUUCCACUUCAUUUUUGGUUCGUUCAAGGCAGAGCGGCGUCCACGAAAGCCCCGGCUUGAACAUCACAAAAGAGCAUGCAAAAUGGAAGGAAAUGGAGAUAUGCCUACGAAGUUGAGGAAGCUGGACGCGCAUGCUAAUCAGGAGACGACAGAAAAGGAAGUAGAACGAAUCUUGGGAUUGCUGCAGACCUACUUUCAAAAGUACCCCGAUACUCCAGUGUCGUAUUUUGAGUUUGUGAUUGAUCCAAACUCAUUCUCUCGCACUGUGGAGAAUAUCUUCUAUGUUUCUUUCAUUAUAAGGGAUGGCUUUGCGAGAAUAAGGCUUGACCAAGACAGACUGCCGAUAUUAGAGCCGACCAAUGUUAACCAGGCGGAUGAAGAAAGUGAUUCCUGUUCCUACGGCAGGAAGCAAGGAGUUAUAUCUUUGAGUUUGCAGGACUGGAAAAAUAUUGUCUCCACUUUUGAAAUUUCAGAGGCUAUGAUCAAAAACUCAUACUGAAGGUUUUUGUUUGUAGUGUAUGACCCCAUCUUGUACUAUCAUAAAGUAGAUUCUAAACAAGCACAUGUUCUAGUAAACUAUUUUCCAGAACAAAUGAAA